CAUGAUGACAACGUUCUGUGACGAGUCGUUCAUGUUCGGAUUCUUCCCCUUUCAUGAAAGAUUUGAACAACAAGUCCAUUCCUUACCAGUACUAUACAGACGAUCAGUUCUAUCCUCCAAUACAGCCUCGCUUGGACCCUCAGCAUGACGUGAAUAAGGGGUAUGAGUUUCACGGGACCUAGACAGACGGGGGGUUUUGAAGAUCCACCUCGGUUCAUGUGGAAAUCAAUGAGAUCUUCAUACAAAAAAAUAUUUAUUUUGAGCCCCAGUGUUCUGGUAUUACAAGCUAUUGAUCUGUAAUUUGGCACAUGAGAUGCCUUGGACAUAUGCCCAUAUGACGUCAUUCACAUGUUUUGCAUACACCACUUCAAAAAAAGGUUAUUCUAGUAUUUUUUUAUUAAGUGUAUAUUUUUCCUUCUUUGCCCUCAUAUUUAAACCGAAUGCCAGGUGUGUAGGACACCCACAGUACUUCAUUUUCACUUUGGGCAUGCAUUGCUUAAGAUUUGUUUAAAUUAGUUUUUUUGCCAUUUGGGAUUGGUUCGUACAUAGUUCUGUGCUCGGAUUUAAACCGGCCCUGGAAGAAAGGGAGGGUAUCCAGACAAUUUCCUUCCAUACUUAAAGACCAGGAAAGGAUGAUGUAUACAUUAAAAGCAGGGACUCUCCUUUACACAGACCAAAGUCUAAACGCUUUCGAUAUUUAAACAGCAUAGAAAAAUUUACACUCCUCGUGCAAUUAGACAAACUAUGUAUUUCAAACCCCAUCUGCUUUUACAUUUACAACUGUCGCUCGGAAUAGUUGAACCUGUGUAUACUAGUAUAGUUGAGACUUUGUAGUCGUAGUUAGAUAUGACAUCCUUACAACACAAAUUGUACAUGUGUACUUAGACUCACUAGGAACUGUAUUCUGUUAAUCUUGACCAUAACUUUGCUUGUAAGAGAGCAGAAACGUACAAUAAAGGUAUUCUUUAAUUCUAAACAUGAAGAAAGAGCGGCGAGAAACGAAACAUAGUGAAGAACGACAUGAAUGAAGUGGCAUUUUUUGUUCUGUAAUACUGCCGAGCUCAAACAGCUGCGUUGAGCCUUUCGCCAGUAUGAUAUGUGAGCUUGAGGAGAUUAUGUUACACCCUUCAAACACAAAAGCAAGACAAUAAAGGUCUGAAAAGAUUCUUUUAAAGAUCGGUUGGCGUUUGUAUUGGAGCCCAAGCCGCUGGGUGUGCCAUUUGGCAGGCUGCUAGAGAAGCGUCGAGACCGUGUUGCGUCUCCCUUGCCAAGGUACAUACUUUAUGCGUUUCCUUUCUAGUUGUCGCAGUGAUAGCUUGCUGUUGUAUUGGUGCUAGUAAAGAAAAAUAUUGUUGAUGUCUAUGAUCUAAAACAACGCUCGAAAAAGGUGAAAUGGAAACCCACCAAUUAUCAAAUGGACGUAGGCUUAACCCGUUCCCCGAAAGUUCCUGGCGGUCUGCGUGCAAUAGGCUCAUCCCGUGUCUGGACCGAGAAUGACAUCCAGCCGGUGAUAGGCCCACUCCGUGCCCUGACCAAUCAGGACGUCCCACUGACGACAUGCUCAACCCGAGCCCUGAUCAGUCAGGACGUCCAGUGGGCGACAGGCUCAACCCGUGCGCUAACCAAUCAGGACGUCCCACUGACGACAGGCUUACCCCGUGCCCUGACCAAUCAGGACGUCCCACUGACGACAUGCUCAACCCGAGCCCUGAUCAGUCAGGACGUCCAGUGGGCGACAGGCUCAACCCGUGCGCUAACCAAUCAGGACGUCCCACUGACGACAGGCUCAACCCAUGCCCUGACCAAUCAGGACGUCCCACUGACGACAGGCUUACCCCGUGCCCUGACCAAUCAGGACGUCCUACUGACGACAGGCUUACCCCUUGCCCUGGCCGAUCAGGACGUCCCGUUGCCUGCCUUGGCGGUAGGAAUCAUCCCGAGCACGUUAGGUGUGAUGUAUGCCCGGACACGGAGGACAUUCCCGUUGGCAGCCCCAGCUGUAAGUCUGAUCCCACCCACUCUUCUGAGGACUUCCCUAAAAUCAUACCGUACGGCGUCGCCUACUUACAUCAUCCACCCACGCCACGGCGAUACCAGAACCUUGACGGUACACCUUUCCGUGUCCACACGUACCACACCAUCCCGGAGGAAGAGAGAGUUGCUGCUGAAAUUCAGAUGCCAGGAGACAGAUUCAGUCACCAUGACAAAGAAGAAGAGGAGAAAGUCGCGCCCUUGAGCAAUCAGCCGAACGAUCUGCUGGGUUGGUUUCAAGCAAUAUUGUCUGGUCAUCAUGACAACCCUGAAUCACCCAAGCAAGAAGAAGAUCCCAUCAACCCUUCUCCUCAGUCACCCAAGCAAGAAGAAGAUCCCAUCAACCCUUCUCCUCAGUUGCCAUGCAACGCUUCUCGCCCGAAUGACCAAACUCUCCCAGCUGGUUCGGCCCCUUCAUCUCCCGUCGCGCCCUGUACGGAAACAGCCCAUCGUCAGCCACUGGGAAAUUACAGGGCAAAAUCCCCUCCCAAGUCGUCGGACACCAGCGUAGAACAAGGUGUAGAGACGACUCACCCGGGAUUCUCGGCCUCAGAGAAUCAUUCCGAAACAGCUCAUCUGAAGUCGUUAGAAGUAGGAUGUGCUGCAGAAGCCACUUUGCCGAGGGCACCUGUGAACACACAGCAGGAAACAGAGACGAAUACACAGACCAACCUCCAGUCUGGGCAAGACAACAGGCGACAGCGUUCUACUCAACCCUCAGCCCCUGACGUCACCAUCACUAUGGAGACCAGCGGCGAAAGUCGAGAUUCUGACGUCACACGGACCACCGAUAUCGAUGGGGACACACAAACAAACUCCGAAGAAGACCGGAAGAAAGUGCCUCGUAACUGCGGCUGGAAAUCGCUCAAGGUUUCGGACGUGCUUUGGGGACUGGUCAUUGUUGGUGUGAUAGUGGGACUCGUGGUGGUUGUCGCUUACCCGAAUGGACCAACAAAGGAAAGGAAAAUGCAGUCCAAAGGGCCACAAUUAGAGAUCAGCUCACUUCCGACCCGAACCCACCCGACUCCAACCGUCGCCUCCUACCCCACAUCACAGCAGCCCAAGUGGCCUGUCACGGCGCUGUCUCGCACCGAUCCGGAAUCCACACAGGGGAACGUCAAGACACCCACCAUGGAAGUCAAGACGAUCCGUCCACGGCGCGCUCCUGCACCCGUACCCAGCAGAACAUACACAGCGAGAAAACAGCCUGCAACCAGCAACACAGUUUCAAGCUCAAGUCAGUCGCGACUUCAGAGAGGACAAUCGUCUUCGUACGCGCACAACUGGCCCCUCAAAGUGUACAAACUGGUGAGGAAAGCUGGCAACGUCUUCGCGUACGUGACACGUGAGCAGUUGGAGACAUGCCUGGCUGCCGCGCACAAGAAACCAGAGAGCCUCCCACAGACCGGGCAACUCCCGCUGGAACGGCCCAUAACAGCCCCGCCGCGACUAUACGCUGUGAGGACAAACAAUACCAUUACCAAAAGGGCGGCAAUCCAUCGGAUGGCACCGCUGGCGGCUCCCUAGUCACUUCCGGUUAUGUGAUGACGACAGAGGAAAACCCAAAGAUACAGUUGACCCUGUCACGUUCAGUUGGUCGUCUUGGCAUGAAAAUUCAACAGACCUUUUCUCGCCCAACAACCAACAAUAGAGUAACACCAAAUAUGAAAAGUUUCCUUCGUCAAUGACUACUAUUACAACACAAUAUGUCCAAACUAAGGACCAAAGGAAGACGUAUCAGGCAACCGUGUGUGGUAGAUUGUAAAAUAUGUAUGGAGUAAAUUUCAGUGCAUGUGCUGUAUUUUAUAGCUUUCAGUUUCUUCAGUUGAAUGGAGCAAUCAAAGUUCAGAAAAGAGUAUUGUAGUUCCUAUCUCGUGGAGUAGGUCACCUAGCGGCUGUACAAAGACGUCAUGUUCAUUGACCUGCGCAGGACAGGGUGGCUAUGUCAUGGUCACGGAUCAACCCUCAAAGAAUAAUGUAAACAAUCCUUACUCACAAAGUAGUGCUUUGAAAUUGUCAUACAUUGACUUGUGUAUCUGGUUGUUUGUUUAAUGAGCAACAACAACAAAAGAUAUC